AUGCUUCCAGGUAUUAUUAUUUCUGUAUUUCGGAAGCGUUUACGCAGAAUCGCAAAUAGAAACAAACAUGUCAAAAGACAUGAUACCGAAAAAUAUGGACAGUAUUUCGAUGAUAGAAUCGCCAUUGUCAAAAAUCAAGAGACAUUCCUGGCCCACACAAACGACUCCGUGUCCACCGUAUUGGCCUCAAAAUAAAAUUUGGCAAAUAACGCAAAAACCCAAAGUCCAGUUUAUUCAACAACCGACUUACCCUGUCAAGCCUGUUUAUCAAUCGAGUUGGCAGUCAUCGAAUCCCUGGCAACAAAGUUCUGCUUCAAAGAAUAACGACUGGCCUAUGUUGUCUAACCCUUGGGCCAUAUCAUCUACUGGAUGGUCGAAGCCUGUUACUAAUCAAUGGCCCGCAGCAUCUAUUGGAUGGUCCAAGUCAGCACAUGGAUGGCAGGCCUCGAAUUGGCAACUUUCCGACUGGCAACCAAAAGUCACUCUUCAAAAACCAGCACAAACUUACUUACCUCAAUACCAAAAGACCACUUACAAUCACGUGCCUAAAUAUCAAAAUAAUCUCAUCAAACCCGUGUCAGCACCAAUUGACUGUCCACCAUAUCAACACGAGCAUUCACCAAAAAUAGGAGUGGUUUAUGCUCCUGAGCAUAAAUAUCCAAUCCAAUCGUUUAAUAAAUAUUAUCACAACGAGCCACAAUAUGUGAAGCUCUCAAAGCCGAUUUAUCAUGCACCACCAUCAACUUAUCUCCCACCACCCUCAUACAAUCGACCAAAAAUUCCACAAAUUGAUGUAUGUGAUAAAUAAUAAAUAGAAAAAGAGAUAUAAAUUUAUUAUGUACAA